ACUCACACUGCAGAAAGGAGAAACGCUCCUCCCCCCGAAGACUUUCUCAGAUGCCUCUGUAUGAUGUGCAGCUAUUACAUCGAUGGGUGGCUACUGGAAUUUUAAUUUUACAGGACAUUUUUGUAAGUGGAAGACCCAAGCAACUUGCAGUUCUUUUACUACCAUCAACUCAGGCACAGUUUCCCCUGGAAGUAUAUUUACAUAGACCUGACCUUGGCAAGGACUUUCCAGCAGCUUUCUUGAUUAUCAGUUAACAAGCUGCAUUGUCAUUUAGUACUAUUAUGGGAGGAGAAGUAAAGUGUGUGAUUACUGGAACCAACAUUAAAGCACUUGGGCGAGCUGUACAUUCCCUUUCACGAAUAGGAGAUGAAUUAUAUUUUGAGCCUUUGGAAGAUGGACUUUGUCUGCGCUCUGUCAAUUCAUCUCGAUCAGCCUAUGCCUGUUUUACACUAGCGCCCCUGUUUUUCCACAGUUAUGAGGCAACAGGUGGAACCUGCCACUGCAAGAUACACAUGAAGUCAGUGAUUAGUGUUUUUCGCUCCCUCCCAUCUUUGGAGAAGACUGUAGAGAAAUGUCUCAUCAGCCUCAAUACCACAAAUAGUCGCCUAGUCAUCCAGCUUCUAUGCAAAUAUGGAAUUACGAAAACACACAAUUUGUCAUAUCAAGACUGUGAGUCUCUACAGGCUGUGUACAACCCCGAUACCUGUCCUAAUAUACUGAGAGCUCCUGCAAGACUGCUCUCAGAUGCUGUGAUGCACUUCCCUCCGACUCUUGCAGAGAUUACAUUAAUGGCAAGCCCUUGUGGAAAAGUUACCUUACGGAAUUAUGUUGAGGAGGAUGUAGAUGCGACUAAAGCCAUGCUAACAGAGCUAGCCCUGAGUAGGGAUGAAUUCCUGGUGUACAAUCUAAAGAAACAGAGCGACAUAACCUUCUGUUUGCGUGAAUUCCGGGGACUUCUGAGUUUUGCAGAAUCGACUAGCCUUCCAGUCUCUAUACAUUUCAACAGUGCUGGUUGUCCAGCUGUAUUCAGUGUCGAUGAUACAGUACUUGAAGUGCAUUUUGUUCUUGCUACUCUUUCUGACACAGACAGAGCAUCACAGACAGAGUCUCAGAACAACAGACCCUUGCUUUCAACAGAGGAUGACUUUUUAGGUGAUGAUAUAGACUAUAUGAUUGCAAUGGAAACCACUCUUGCAAAUCCUUCCCCACCCACUAGUCCUACCUUCUGCAAUCGCUCUAGCAUAAUUCCUUUACAAGAAUCUCAGGGUCUAUCAAGUGAUGAUGAACUCGAAACAGGAGUCCCUGGGACACCUCCCAACAAGAAGUUUCGGUCCCUUUUUUUUGGGUCUAUUCUGGCAAGCUCCGGUCAUUCAAAUCAAGAGAUUUUGGCUGAAGAUAGUGAUGGAGAAGAAUAAUAACGAAGAGCAUCUAACAUUCCCUGAUAACAAUGUGGUCUGAAUUUAGAACUAGGUGUUGGUGACGCUAGAGGCACAAAAAGAGUAUAUUUUCACAGAAUAGUACUGAAGUCACUGAUGUUACACACAUUUAUUUAAUUAAAGCUGAGUGAGUUGGCUUGGGCUACAA